AUGAGUAUGCAAAUCUUACGCAGAGGAAAAUUCAAGGGUAAUGGUGAAUGGAUAGUUGAUGCGCUUACGGUUAACAGCACAAAUGGACACGAAAAUCAUAACCCUAAGGUAAUAUUCACAUUUUAUUUCCACCGUACUCCAACAUUCUACGUUAUUCUGAUAAUAAUGCCAUCGUUUGCGCUUACAUUUCUGUGUGUGAUUGGAAUGUUUUGGUCCAGAUUUUCGGUAGAGUUUAUGGAGAAGCUCGGGCUUGGAUUUACAGUAAUACUUGCAAUGUGUUCAAUCUUUCAAAUGAUGGAAAAUUCUUUACCUAAGACUACACAGUUGCCUGCACUCUCGGUAUACAUGAUAGUGAACCUAUUAUUGGUGACUGCGUCAAUAUCGAUUAAUAUGGCAGCCUCCAAGGCGUGUUCGUCGUCGAAGCAUCGUAUCUUCAAGAGCAUAACAAAUAACAGGGUUCUUUGCUUCAAUAUCAACUUGUGCACAUUGUCUCGAGCCAUUUGUUUGAGUCUGUUCCCAUUGGCUGCUGUUGUUAAUCUUCUGAUUUUAUUAUUGUAAGCAUGACAAUCUUCUCAUCAAUGUUUUGAUAGUUCACGUUCAACGUAUGCGUAGAUAUUAGAAUGAUUGAUAGGCAAGUAUCAUCGGCUCUCAGAUUCUAUAAAAGUCAAAGUUACUGGAAUCUAAGCAUCCUGACCA